AUGGGCUCCAAUGCAACAGAAGAACACCCCACCAGCGGCGCCGAGGGCCCUAACCCUGCCAACCUGAGCGAGAAGACGCGUAGAAAGUGGGAAGCGGAACCUGUCACCGAGCAUGUGCCAUCACCAGUCCGGGAUCUUACCAUCGAGAACAUCACGCCCAACGUCAUCGCCGUGAACUCGGACAUCAAAGACAACCCUAGGUUGCAGUUUAUUAUCACGAAGCUUAUCCAAGUCUCCCAUGACUUCAUCAGAGACGUCGACCUCAAAUUCGACGAAUGGACCACGGCCUGGCAAUUCUUGACGAAGGUGGGACAAAUUUCCGACGAUGUGCGACACGAGAUGGUGCUUCUUUCCGAUAUUCUGGGCAUAUCAGCUCUCGUUGAUGCGAUUUCGUAUCCGCAUAAACCGGGCGCCACGGAGUCGUCGAUUCUGGGACCCUUCCACGACGAGGUUGGACAGGUUGUGGAAAAUGGCUCGGCCAUUGUAAAAGAGGAUACCUUUGGUGAAGCUACUCUUGUGAGAGGCCAGGUCUGCUCCGUCAAUGGAGUGCCUGUGAAAAAGGCCCUUCUCGACGCCUGGGCGACUGACGGCCACGGGGUCUAUGACCUAGAAUAUGCCGAAAAGGAAGGCCCGGAUUGCCGUGGCAAGCUGUACACGGACGACAAGGGCAGAUAUGCUUUUACCUGUGUGAGGCCGAUCCCAUAUCCGAUCUCUAACGAUGGUCCCGUGGGCGAAUUGCUACGCACACUGAAUCGACACUGGUAUCGACCUGCUCAUAUGCAUUUCAUGAUUUCGCAUCCAGAUUAUAACACUCUGAUUACGGCGUUGUAUUCGAGAGACAGCAAAUAUAUUGAGAGUGACACUGUCUUUGGCGUUAAGUCCAGCUUGAUGGUCGAUUACACCUUUACAGAGGAUCCAGAUUUGGCCCGGCAAUAUAGACUGAAGACUUUCAAGAAGAAAAUCGGCGAAAAGGAACGAGAGGGGUUCUGGUUGCUGGAGUUUGACUUUGUCCUCACGGAGAAGGAGGAUUCUCUCCCCCGCAAAAUUGCAUGA